AUGGCUGUUAGAAAUGGAGUUGCUUUCUCAUUGGUCUCUCUGGCCUUAACUUCCCUUGUAUUUGCAUCCAUUGCAAAUGCACAACCUGGUGUAAAUAUCAACCCCUUUUGUGUAAAAGCCUUAGACAAGGCAUUUUGUUCAGAGGUUGUAAAGCCAGCUGACACGUGGCAAGAAGCAAUCACUGAAGUAUUAUCAGAGACAAUAAUGCAAGCCAAAAUGGCAGAGCCAAUUAUGGCUAACUUAUUAACAACAUUGCCUUCUACAUUGGAUGCAAAAUUUAAAGACAACAUUGGAUUAGCAUGCAGAAAGUCGUAUGAAGAUGUUCUUGAUUUACUCAAAGAGGUUGAAGAGGCAUUAAAAACUGGUGACAAGACUAAGGUUGCUAAUAUCAAGUUAUCUUCAGCCUAUACAAGAUUGGAAGAUUGCGCAGACGAAUUUAGCAAAACACAAAUGCCAGCUGAAUUUUCAACCUUUUAUGAAGGUAGUAAGAAAUUGCUUAGCACUUGUUUGGCUGUUGAAAGAACCAGGCCUGAUAUUAUUUAA